AUGAUUUUUUCAACCUUGUUUCGACCUACAAGAAUCCUUGCAAUGACAGCAAAUACCAUAGUCCCUUCCUUUCGGGUUGCUGGGAGUCGUCCAGAUGUUUGGACUAUGGUAAACAAGGCAACAGCAGAAUGUAAAGUGCCCCCAGUUUCGCUAAGUCAGGGAUUCUUCGACUAUAGUCCACCCAAAUUUGUCUUAAACGCUGCGAAGAAAUGUAUAGACGAGGUGUCUUGCAAUCAAUAUUCCCACACGCGUGGUCGUAUAAGCCUUCGGAACGCCCUGUCGAAAGCUUACUCUCCUCUAUUCAAUCGGAAGCUGAAUUCGGACACGGAAAUUGUAGUCACAGCUGGUGCGAACGAAGGAUUUUACAGUGUGUUUGCAGCAUUUUUGAAUCCUGGUGACGAAGUGAUUUUGAUGGAACCUUUCUUUGAUCAAUACGUAUCCAACAUCCAGAUGAAUGGCGGUGUUCCUGUUUAUGUGCCUUUAAUCCCCCCCAAGGAAGGAGCGGAGCGCCCUGUGUCUGCUAAAGAAUGGAGGCUAGAUAUAAAUCGACUGCGAGCUGCAAUCACUGACAAGACAAAAAUGAUCGUUAUUAAUACUCCUCAUAAUCCCCUUGGAAAGAUCUUUUCGGAAGAAGAGCUGAACGAAAUUGCCGACAUUGUACUAGAACAUAAUUUGCUUGUAGUCUCUGACGAAGUCUAUGAUCGUCUUUCUUACACUCCUUUUGUUCGUCUUGCUACUCUUCGCCCAGAGCUGUUUCGUCAUGUCGUCACGGUUGGCUCCGGCGGAAAAACGUUUGGAUGCACCGGCUGGCGGGUUGGCUGGAUCAUUGGAGACGAGAGCAUCAUUAAGUAUUCUGCUACUGCCCAUACACGGAUCUGUUUUUGCGUAAACAGUCCAUUACAAGAGGCCACAGCCAUUGCCUUUGAGGAGGCUGACAAGGUGGGCUACUGGGAAGAAUAUAUAUCAACGUAUAAACAGAGGUUUUCCAUUUUGGCGGAGGCCUUUGAUCAACUCGGCAUUCCUUAUACGAUCCCUGAUGGUAGUUACUAUGUGAUGGCUAACUUUUCCAAGGUAAAACUACCUGAAGAUUAUCCUUUCCCAGAACAUAUCUUGUCUCGCCCACGUGAUUUUCGUUUAUGCUUUUGGAUGUUGAAAGAAAUUGGUGUCGCAACCAUCCCCCCUACCGAAUUUUAUACAGAUGAAGAUGCCCCUUUGGCCGAAGAUUAUCUUCGUUUUUCUUUUUGCAAAACUUAUGAAACACUAGAAGAAGCUGUUAAACGUUUACAGAAGCUAAAGAACUUUAUUUAA